AUGUUAUCAACUCUCUGUCCCUUCCUCUCCUCUUCCUCAGAUGCCUUGCUCCGUAUGAGUCAGGAGGAGAGAAGAAAGCACUACAGGACUACCUACCUGUCCCUGGACGAGGUGCCUGUGUGGACUGCCAAGUCAGCUAGCAUGUUAAGUGAUUCAGUCAAACGGCCCCACUUCAAGAGGAACCAAGCUCUGGACAAGAAGAUUUCCCUGUUCAGUUGUGACAUCACCAAGCUGGAGAUCAAUCAGAUCGUCAAUGCAGCCAACAAGACCCUUGUGUCGGUCGGUGGGGUGGAGGGUGCGAUCCACCGCACGGCCGGCCCCCUCCUGAGGACCGAGUGUGCUGAACUGCGAGGGUGUGAGACGGUAGAGGCUAAGAUUACGGGGAGCUAUGGCCUGCCUGCCAAGUAUGUGAUUCACACAGUGGGGCCCUUAGUGAUGGGGGAAGUGGGGGAGGAGGAGAGGAGCCGCCUCAGGGACUGUUACCAUCACAGCCUGGAGAAGGCCACCGACACCAAGCUACGCACUGUAGUGAAGGGGUGA